ACAGAGCUAACUGGUGUCGAUAAGAGAAGGACGCGGUGUAGCUAUGCUGCUGUACCGAGCCCUCACCCUUCUUGUGCGGCCCUGGGUUCGCCGAAUUAGUGGUGUCUGCUGCCCACUAACUGAGAAUCGGGCAUUGCUACGCUUGCGGGGCCAAGAUACCACAACCUUUCUACAGGGGUUGAUAACAAACGACGUAGAGAGACUACAGGAAGGCGGCGCGCUCUACGCUCACCUGUUGAACGUGCAGGGGCGCACAUUAGGUGACGUCAUAAUGUACCGUUCAUCUAAAGAACAGAAUGGGCUUUCGGACGUCAUCUUGGAAUGUGACCUCUCCGCAGUAGAGCUUAUCCAGAAACAUAUGAAAGUUUACAAUUUUCGGAGGAAAAUAGACAUUUCUCCUUGUCCUGAGCUAUCUGUUUGGGCUGUGAUCUCAAGUCAGAAUUGCCAAGACCCUCAAGAAGAAAAAAAUGCAGACCCUGUUUUGUGCACUCCAGAUCCCAGAGUUGCAGUUAUGGGGUGGAGACUGCUAACAGAAACUGGUGCAAAUCCACUUAAUCUCUUGCCUAAAACUCAUAUGGGAAGUUUUAAGGAAUAUUCCAAGCACCGAUAUGAACAAGGUGUCCCAGAAGGCGUGUGUGAUCUUCCUCCUGGUGUGGCACUUCCACUGGAAUCUAAUCUUGUAUACAUGAAUGGUAUCAGCUUUGACAAGGGUUGUUACAUUGGCCAGGAAUUAACAGCAAGAACUCACCACACAGGUGUGAUCCGUAAGCGCCUGUUACCUGUGCAACUUUCAUCUCCUGUACCAGCUGAUACAAAAGAGGCUGACAUCUUCACCAAGUCUGGGAAAUCUGCUGGCAAAUACAGAGCUGGAGAAGGGGGCAUUGGUUUAGCUCUACUCAGACUAGCACAUGUGAAUGAAGAACUUAAUAUAAAGACACCUGGCAAUGAAUCCAUCACAGUCAAACCCUCUAUUCCACAAUGGUGGCCAAAAAAUAACUAAACUUUUGCUUUAAUCUAUUACCUGCAAGAGAGCUCUAUAGAGUUGGAAAUAUAAUAUUUAUUUUUUCCUCAAAUGUAGCUAUAAAUGUUUGUUAAAAAUUUCCUUAUGCUUAAUAAGAAUCAUUUUCUAUUGGGGUGAAUCUAACAGAUAACGUAUUUCUAAUUUGCCUCCUAGUGACUGAGUGUAUACAGAGCACCUGGUGACACUUUCACUAAUAUAAAAGUUCUACCAUAAAAAAGUAUUUUUAAAUGUUGAUAUUUUCAUAAAGUCUGCAAUCUGUUACAUAAGAAAUAUGUAUGUAGUUUAUUUUUUUAUUUGCGCUAAACAAUAGAUAUUAAGUAAACGGCUGAUAUAUAGCAUUAUGCAAGCUCCAUGAGAGAGGUCACCAUUUUAAAUUAAAUUACCAUAAAAUGUAAAGCGGAGUUUAAAAUAAAAUACACAAUGUAAAUUCA